AUGUCUUGGAUAAUUCGUUUGCAACGGUUGCCGUUAUCGGCUAAUGCGGCAGAUAUUCGAAGUUUUUUUGCGGGAUUACGCAUUCCGGAUGGCGCAGUACAUAUCGUUGGUGGGCCUGAUGGUGAUGCGUUUAUUGGUUUUGCCACAGAUGAAGAUGCUCGUCAGGCUAUGCGAUUUGAUAAUAGGCGUAUACAUGAUCAACGCGUACGCUUGUUAUUAUCAUCUCGUAUCGAAAUGGAUGCUGUAAUUGCAAAGGCUCGUGCUGGUGAUUUGAAUGUUGGUGUUGCAACAGUUGCUACUCCAUCACCUAGACGUGAUGAAUCACCAGUUCCGCGUCCAGGUAGCGUGCAGCUUGCGUCCGCUUCUACAACCGAUGGCUUUGCAAAUCAGCGUAUCACUCAACAAAUUGUUACAGAUGUAUAUGCAGCUAGAAAUGGUGGACAUGGACAACAAGAUUAUGCUAGAGGUACAUUGAUAGAAAUUUUAAAAAUAUUCAUCAUCAAAUUGUUCAAAGUUUUGGGUUCGAUUACCUUACCAAAUGAGUUGAAGUUUCUAAUAUUGAGAUUGUGA